ACCUGACGCUGUUAAUGUUUAAUGCCCCGACCUCGUCCGUGGCCACUCCAAGGCCAGGCACUCUCCCCGAGGCAGAGGUGGCAGAGGAAGGCAGCAGAGAGGAACCCGGUCUGCUAGGGACAUGGCAGGGUCGUCGUCGGAUGACGGUGGCAGCCCCAAGGGGGAUGUGGACCCAUUCUCCUAUGACUAUGAGACUGUACGCAAUGGGGGACUGAUCUUCGCUGCCCUGGCCUUCGUUGUGGGGCUCAUCAUAAUCCUCAGCAAAAGACUCCGCUGCGGGGGCAAGAAGAAGCAUCGGCAAGUCAGUGAAGAUGGACUGUAACGACAGAGUCAGCUGUGACCACCACUGCACUGGGACCGGUUGAGAAGCCUUCCCUGAGCUGCAGACCUUUGUCCCCAGCACUGCCAGGCCCUCAGGCUGAAGGAAGUGCCAGGCUUCAUGUGACCUUUGGGUGGGCAUCGCCUCUUCCCACCCCAUGCCGCCUCUAAUAAUAAAGCCAGCCUCAGAGAUGGCUCCUUCCCUG